AUGUCUCUUAAUCUCCCUGCUGACUGCUUAAAUGAAAUUUUUGAAUAUUUGAAAGAUGAGGAUUUACGAUCAUGCAUACUAGUAAACCGACUUUGGUGUGAAACAUCUGUUCGAAUUUUGUGGAGAAAAAUUCAAAAUUUUAAUACUUUACUCAAAUUCCUUCCUAAUAAAUCAAAAUUGAUUUUAUCGGAGAAUGGAAGUUUAAUCACGUCUUCAACUUCAAGACCUCCAUUAUUUAAUUAUACAUCAUUUAUCAAGAGUCUUAACAUUUUUGAUAUUUGUAGCUCAAUUAAAAGAUUUCACAAAUGUCGUGGUCGUAUUAAUUUAGAAAGCUUUGAAAAAGUUCGAAUUAUGGCGAUGAAGCAGGAAUUAUUUGAAAUGUUAAUGAAUCAAACCUCUCUUAAAAAUUUAAAUUUUGACACUCGUAACGACAUAAAUAUACCAUUUUUUAAUUAUCCUGGAGCUGAAGAUUGUUUAAGAAAUCUUUCUGAAUUAAAGUGUAAUUCAAAUACUUCUUAUAAGCUAUUACAAAUAUGUCACAAUUUACGAUCUCUAAGGGUAGUUUUUCGAUCUAGUUUCUCAAAUAAAUUAAUAGAAUUAGUUUUUGGUCAAAAAAAUUUAAAGUACUUGAAGUUGUAUUUUCAAUAUUAUGCGAAAGAACAAAGUCUAACUUUUACAAAGUUUCCUAAUACGUUAACCAAGUUACAUAUUCAUCGAGUAUAUUUUCGUAUACCAUGGUCAUCAUUUUCUGGGCUUUCGAAUUUACAGGAACUUUCCUUAUCAUGCUAUGACAUAAUAGAUAAAGACUUCAACAAACUUCAAGAUGUUAACAUUCCACAACUGCAAAUUUCAAAAUUUGCAUUUGAUUGUUUUAAUAAUGACAACCUAUCCAAAUUUCUGGAAAUCAAUGGAAAAAAUUUAACGAAUCUCAGUCUUGGCCAAUCAAUUGAUUGUUCAAUACAUUUAGAUAUAGGCAAUUUUUGUCCAAAUCUUAGGUCGUUACGCACUAUAUUUUCAAAUGGAAACGUAGAAUCACUGAAAGUAAUUUUCGAUGGUUGUCAACAAUUAGAAAUCAUAAAGGUUUUGCGUUGUAAUUCCUUUUUAGAUGAACGUAAAUUAUUGGAGAUUGUUGUAGAAUUUUCACCUAUAAAAUUUCAUGAGUUAUCAGUAGAUUUUGGAAUUCAAGUAUCUCCGGAAACAACAUUUCAAUGGGGAUUAAGAUCUAUCUUGGAACGCUGGGCGAAUCGUGUUCCAUGUAUUCCAUUUUCUUUGACUGUUUCUUUUUAUUCAAAACUGGAUAUAGAAUUUUCAAAAAGUAAUAUCAAAAUAAUUAAAGAGUUUAGAGAAUCGAGCGCCAUUAAAAAAUUCGAAAUUAUUAACCUUGGAUAG